GGCAGCUGAAAGCAGCGGCCAUUCCAGAGGUGUGGGAGGCGUGGGAAAAGUCGCCAGUCAGAAGUCCAGAAAGAGAAAGUCGGCCUCCGCCAGCGAAUCAGACACUGGAGAACAUAGGGCUUGUGUGCGCGCGCGCGCUCACCGUGGCCAAUCCGAAGCACGAACGGAAAGGCCUCUGGGUCCUUUUGGACUUCGUGGCCCAGCCUUGAGUGGGUGUCCAGUCCUCGCACGGAGAGGGCGGGCUUCUCAAGUCCUCGGCCAAUCGAAGGGCCCUGCCGGGCGCAUGCGCGUGGCGGCAGACGCGCGCAGCGAGGGGGAGGCGUGGGCGCGUCCCCGGCCCAGGAUUUAUAAAGGCGAGGUCUGGACCGACGCGCGCUCUCGUCGCCUUGGCUGUCCCGGCGGCGCCAACCCAGCUGCCCCGCCCGCUGCCGACGUCCGACAUGCUGAGCCGUGCUUUGCUGUGCCUGGCCCUGGCCUGGGCGGCUAGGGUGGGCGCCGACGCCCUGGAGGAGGAGGACAACGUCCUGGUGCUGAAGAAGAGCAACUUCGCGGAGGCGCUGGCGGCGCACAACUACCUGCUAGUGGAGUUCUAUGCCCCAUGGUGUGGCCACUGCAAAGCUCUGGCCCCUGAGUAUGCCAAAGCUGCUGCGAAACUGAAGGCUGAAGGCUCUGAGAUCCGACUAGCAAAGGUGGAUGCCACAGAAGAGUCUGACCUGGCCCAGCAGUAUGGUGUCCGUGGCUACCCUACCAUCAAGUUCUUCAAGAAUGGAGACACAGGCUCCCCAAAGGAAUAUACAGCUGGCAGGGAAGCUGACGACAUUGUGAACUGGUUGAAGAAGCGCACAGGCCCAGCAGCCACAACCCUGUCUGACACUGCAGCUGCAGAGUCCUUGGUGGACUCAAGUGAAGUGACGGUCAUCGGUUUCUUCAAGGACGUAGAGUCAGACUCUGCCAAGCAGUUCUUGCUAGCAGCAGAAGCUAUUGAUGACAUACCUUUUGGAAUCACGUCCAACAGCGGUGUGUUCUCCAAGUACCAGCUGGACAAGGAUGGAGUGGUCCUCUUUAAGAAGUUUGAUGAAGGCCGCAACAACUUUGAGGGUGAGAUCACCAAGGAAAAGCUGCUAGACUUCAUCAAGCACAACCAGCUGCCUUUGGUCAUCGAGUUCACUGAGCAGACAGCUCCAAAGAUUUUUGGAGGUGAAAUCAAGACACACAUUCUGCUGUUCCUGCCCAAGAGUGUGUCUGACUAUGAUGGCAAGUUGAGCAACUUCAAGAAAGCAGCCGAGGGCUUCAAGGGCAAGAUCCUGUUUAUUUUCAUCGAUAGCGACCACACUGACAACCAGCGCAUACUUGAAUUCUUUGGCCUGAAGAAGGAGGAGUGUCCGGCUGUGCGGCUUAUUACCCUGGAGGAAGAGAUGACCAAGUACAAACCAGAGUCAGAUGAGCUGACGGCUGAGAAGAUCACAGAAUUUUGCCACCGCUUCCUAGAGGGCAAGAUCAAGCCCCACCUGAUGAGCCAGGAACUGCCUGAAGACUGGGACAAACAGCCAGUAAAAGUGCUAGUUGGGAAAAACUUUGAAGAGGUUGCUUUUGAUGAGAAAAAGAACGUGUUUGUUGAAUUCUAUGCUCCCUGGUGUGGUCACUGCAAGCAGCUAGCUCCCAUUUGGGAUAAACUGGGAGAGACAUACAAAGAUCAUGAGAAUAUCAUCAUUGCUAAGAUGGACUCAACAGCCAAUGAGGUGGAAGCUGUCAAAGUGCAUAGCUUUCCCACACUGAAGUUCUUCCCAGCAAGCGCAGACAGAACGGUCAUUGAUUACAACGGUGAGCGGACACUAGACGGUUUUAAGAAAUUCUUGGAGAGUGGCGGCCAGGAUGGAGCAGGGGAUGAUGAUGACCUCGACCUAGAAGAAGCUUUGGAGCCAGACAUGGAGGAAGACGACGAUCAGAAAGCUGUGAAGGACGAACUGUAGUGCAGAAGCCAGAGCUGGGUGCCUGAACCCAAAACCUCGGUGGGCCAUGCUCCCAGCAGCCCACGUCUCCGGAGCCUGAGCAUCACCCCAGGAGGGAGCACCAUCAGAACCCAGGGAAUCUUUCUGAAGCCACACUCAUCUGACACACGUACACUUAAACCUGUCUCUUCUUCUUUUGCUUUUCAAUUUUGGAAAGGGAUCUCUGUCCAGGCCAGCCCAUAUUGAAGGGCUACCUUUUGUUUUAAUUGGUGGUGUACUUUUUUGUAUGCGGAUUUUGUCCCAAGUGCUUGCUAAAAUGUUUGGGGAUCUCACACUGGUAAUGUCUUUCCUGUUAGAGAGGUUUAUGCUAUCACUUCAAAUUUCAUCUGUGAGACAUUUCAUCUUUUAGACAUUUUUUGAUGUCCAGAUACUUGCUUCACCAUGGCAGACCUCCCUGAGACUCCUUCCUGCCCUGUGUAGGAAGUAUGGAUCUGGGUCGUAUCUCCACCUCAUAUUAGUGUUGCCAUGGUAGCAUGGCUUUGUAGUUUGCAUUUAACCUGGGGAUUUAUGCAUCCUGUCAGAGGGUGGGUCCCCAUGUGUGGAAAAGAGACAGUGUGGCUUGCUGCCAGGCUCAGGCCAGGCCUGGACAGCUCUCACUCUCCUCAAGCCAGGACUACCGACCAGCCGGUUAUGGGCAUAUUACUCCGUGGCUGCUGGAUUCUUUUCCAGCAUGGCCUGUGGCCUAUGUGAGGCAGAACUGGGACCCUUGAUUCCCAGACUGGGAGUCAGCCAAGUACACUGGGGCUGAAUGAAAUGCCCAUUCUUCAGGCAUUUCUACCAUAAUAUUGGAAUUGAAUGCAUUGGCUAAUAAAGUUGAAAUUUUACUACCCA